AUGAACCAAGUCCAUAAGGACAUGCUUUUCCAGGAUGACCUUUCUUCUAACCUCUCAGUUGUCAAAGUUGAAGUCAAUGAUGUGAAGGAAUUACUAUCUACGAUGCAAGCCGAUGUCCGCACCAAUGCUGAGGCCAUCUCUACUCUCAACGACAAAGCCGAUAAAGCACAGACUCAGCUUACCAGGCAUGAUCAAGUGCUCGAACUUGAUCUUCUUCAAACUCAGUCUCUGGCCGAGCUAGAACAGCGAUUGGAUAUAAUUGUUAAAAGUCUUGAUGAUCUCAUCUCUCGUUAUGUUGAUGACAAAGAGGGGGAGAAAGACUUAGCUGCUGAUGUCGCUAUAACACCAGCUGAUGAUGAUGCUCAAGAUGUAAGAGCUGAAGCAAAUGAAGCUGCUUCUAAAGUUGUAGAUGUUGUCACUUCUCGUGAAGCUGAAGCUGCUGCUGAAGCUGAGGAAAAUGAUGAUGUCGUCAGAGCUGAUGCUCAAGACGAAGAUCAUCCUGUCACCUCUACAACUAAUGCUGGUGAUAAGGAUGAAGAAAAUGAUGAUGAUGAUGAUGAAGAUGAUGAUGAUUCUCCUUCCUUUCCUGAUGCUGAAAAAGAUCUUGAUGUUGAUGAUGAUGAUGAAACGACGAUGACGACGAAUUCACUAUUCAAUACCACACCAAACCAGCUACCGCUCUAA